CCUCUAUAUACAUAAGGCUCCAAUAGUUACAUACUUUCGCUGUUUGUCAGCUUCCGUCAGGCAACCAUUUCAAUUCCGCGUCCAGUCAUGUCAAGUGGCGCGUUUUUCUUCUUCUUUUUGCCAUUAACAAACACUGGUGGUUUCUAGAAAUUUGUUUAAUGGCUUAGGUGCCAAUAGGUGGCCUUGCUGUCUUAAAUGUAUUCGAGGCAUCUUCAAGUCGCCAACGGCUAAGCUAGUCUUUGUUGUUUUCUUUCUUCACCACCGUAUCUUUUUAAAAUCUACGAAAUUUAAACGCCAAUUACACACAAUGACCGAAAUAGAUCCCCUAAUUCAUUCGUUCUCGCAUCUGGCAGACUUUCCUAGAGAGAAAGAUGCUUUGCACACACUUAAGAAGGUGGCUUCUAUAGUAAAGCCUAUAAUGAGGGCGAGAAACUGGAAGGUCGGACAGCUCACUGAAUUCUAUCCGGACGAGCGUAACCUUCUUGGUCUCAAUGUUAAUAUGGGUCAGAGGGUAUGCCUUCGGCUGCGCUAUCCCACAGACCGCAAUCAGUUUCUUCCCAUUGAGCAGGUAGUCGAUACGAUGCUCCAUGAGCUUACUCAUAAUGUUCACGGGCCGCACGAUGCCAAAUUCCAUGCGCUUUGGAAUCAACUACGAGAAGAGCAUGAGGCACUCGUCAUGAAAGGGUACACUGGCGAAGGCUUCUUAACAAAUGGCCAUCGUUUAGGCGGCAGAAGAAUACCCGCAGAGGAAGCUCGUAGGGUAGCUCGGGCUGCAGCAGAGAAGCGCCGUGUGCUCAACUCAGGCUCUGGGAAACGCCUGGGCGGGGUGGCCCCUCGGCCAGGACAGGAUAUUAGAAACGUUAUCGCCGAUGCAAUCGAACGACGCAGUAAUACACUUCGAGGCUGUGCGAACAACAACCAAACGCAAGACGAAAUACGGGAAAUCGCUGAUACAGCUACGAGGAAUGGGUUCAGGACUCAGGCCGAAGAGGAUGCUGCAAAUGAGGCUGCGAUAGCCCAGGCGCUUUGGGAGCUCGUGCAAGAGGAUGAAAAAGCUAAGAAAGGUGACGAUUAUAUUUCACCCAGUGAAAGCGUUCAAUCUUGGACAUAUGGCAAUGCGUCCGCGCAAGAUGAGCAGAAGAGCGCAAAGCCACCACCACACCAAGCGUCUACCCAGAACGGGCAGAACUCGGGAAAGGGAAAAGAGAAAGCUAUCAUGUGGACGUGCGACAUUUGCACCCUCGAAAAUCCGGCUAGUUUCCUGUGUUGCGACGCGUGUGGUGUGCAGAGGACCGACAAGAUUACUCAGAGCCUUGCCGAACAAUCGACCAAGCGGGAACGGACGGUUAUAGAUCUUACCCAAUCCCCACCACCACCAUCGACUAAGCGCAACGCUUCUUCGACAAAUUCAGGAUCUAGACCGACCGCAAGGUCAGCUAUGCCACCACCCCAAUCUACGGUCCCUGCAAAACCAGCGACCUGGACGUGUUCGUCUUGUGGGAGAAUAAGAGAGCGGCAGUGGUGGUCUUGCGAUAUGUGUGGAGCUAUCAAGCAGUCAUCGUAAUAAUAUGGGCAGAGAAUGGUGAGAUUAUGACAUUCACGAAUUUAACGAUAUACCCCCCCCCCCCCCCCCCCC